AUGCUCCACUCGACCAUCCGCCGCCAUGCUCUUCUUCCCUUGCCCCAACUCCAGCGCAUUUUCUUCGCUACCUCCACUUCCUCCCACCUGUCAGGCGGCGGCACCUCUUCUCGCGAUCCUCACUUCAUGGUCCAGUACCUCGUGAACUCGUGCGGAUUCUCCAUGGAGGAGGCGUCGAAGGCCUCCAAGCCACUCGCGCAUCUCCGAUCGACCGAGAAUCCCGACGCUGUUCUUGCUUUUUUCAGAUCUCAGGGCAUUGAUGGCCCUAAUCUCAGGAAGACGAUAUCACGUCGACCAGCACUCCUCUGCUGGAAUGUGGAAUCAAACCUCACCCCGAAGUUUCAAUUUUUACGCGACUUAGGGUUGUCAGAAUCCGACCUCGUCGAUGUCAUCAUGACGAACCCCCCCAUCGUGUGCCUCAACCUCCAGCAUACACUUCUCCCAAGGUUGAGUGUAUGGGAAAAUCUCUUUGGAUCAAGGGAGCUGCUCCUCAAGAAUCUUAGGAAGCGGUUUUGGCUUAUGUGCAACAACGUUGAGAAUGUGGUACGUUCUAACCUGAACUUUUUACGGGAUGAGUGUGAUAUUCCUCUCGAAAGGGCAUCACUUGUCUUCAAAAAAUAUCCAACCUUCAUUGUACAAAAACCAGAUUCAUUACGGGCUUUGGUAGAUAGAGCGGAGGGAAUGGGAUUUACUAGGAGAUCUCCAAUGUUCCUCUGGAUCCUUGACAUUCUGUUUAAGACCAACAGAGAAAAACUUGACGCCCAUUCCAAGCUUAUGAGCAGCUUUGGGUGGUCGAUCUCGGAGUUCUGUACUGCUAUCGAAAAACAACCAUGCUUCUUAAAUAUUUCCACAGAUAUCUUACGGAUAAAGAUGGAAUUUUUGAUCAAGGACAUUGGGUUCACCCCAUCCGCCAUUGCUAAACGGCCUAGGCUUUUAGUAUUCAGUUUGAAGAAGAGGAUGAUUCCUCGGUUUCAAGUCAUGAAGAAAUUAAAAUCAGAAGGAUUUUGGACUUCUGACGACAAUCUACAUAUGUUUUUCAUAAUAUCGGACCUAGAAUUUCUGAACAAGUUUAUUCUUCCUUACAAAGAUAAAUUCCCCAAACUUCUUGAGAUCUCGGGAGCUGUAGCUGAAUGA